CUCCACCAUGGAUUUGGUUUGGAUUGUGGGCUUCGCAGUGAGCGCGUUCGCGUGGUGCGCGUCCUCGGAGCGGCACAGCGUCUACUGGAACAGCACCAACCAAAAGUUCCUAUUCGACGACUACGCUGUGGAGGUGAAGCUCAAUGACUACCUGGACAUCGUGUGCCCCCAUUACCCCGAGGGCGAGGUGCUGUCGCUGGACGCCGAGCGCUACGUGCUCUACAUGGUGGAGCUCGAGGACUACGAAUCCUGCAAACCCCAAUCCUACGACCAGAUGCGCUGGGAGUGCGGCCACCCGUUUGCCCCUCACGCCCCGGAGAAGUUCUCUGAAAAGUUCCAGCGUUUUACUCCUUUCACUCUGGGAAAAGAGUUUCGCCAAGGAGAAAGCUACUAUUAUAUCUCCAAGCCUUUGCAUCACCACGGACAAGAGUGCCUCAGGCUCCGUGUGGACGUCAUAGCUGCUGAUGGCUCCCAGGAGGCCAGAGUUGCUAAAGGAGGCACAGGUGGAGCCGGAGCUGGAGCCGGGGGUGGGGUUCACAACCCCUCCAACAGAUUGCCUUUAGCAGAUGAACCGGUGGUAAUCCUGCCAGAUGUCCGGGAGAGCAAACGGACGAACUCUGCAGCGGCGGCUUCAUCCCUCUCAAUCCUCUCACUGCUCGUCCCAUUUUCAUUACUGCUAUUGUUGCACUGAGGGGACAUGAGACGACUGCUGUGGGCGGACCUUUUUUUUUUUCUUUCAGGGACUACAAUGAAGAAAGUCCGUGGGGAUGAAACCACUGACUCAAAAAGACAGUUUUUCAUGCCCAGUGCUGGCCACAGGGGUAUUUUCUUUUUUGUGCUGGCAAAGCACGGACAUCGCAGAUUUGCGCAACAUGUGCCGAGAAACUCUAAAGCAUUUGAGACAAAGUACAAUGUGCUUUGUCAUAUUUUUUAAGAGGUGACAGUAUGUUUUUUUGUUUUUUCUUGGGAAAAACCAAGCUCUCCUUGAUUUGUACUUUUGGUCACAUGCACCUCUUUGGAUGAUAAUCCCAGAAGAAAAUAUGAAGAAGUGGAGGAGAGGCCGAAAAACAAUCAAGCACAAAGACAACAACCCGUUAGAUCAAACUUCAGAUGGAACAUUUAACGGAAAAGUAAUCUCUUACCUUUUUGAGCCAAAGAUCAGUCAUCUCUCCAACUUGUACACUAUUCCACCCUUUAGUGUCGUGUACUCUUUGUUGUAUUGUUCUCGUAGCGGUAUGGAGUUGCAUUGACGUCCCGGGUGAUUACUUUCUCUAAAUGUAGCAUUGACACACGGGGGCUGCUCUCAUCACAACCAUCCUCUUUUUUUGUACACUCGACCAUGUGCUUCUAUACUGUAGCACUAAUUCUGCACAGUACUGACACACACCACACACUGACGCUCUGUAACACAUGGAAACACACAACAUUGAGCUGUGUUACUUGUACAUUCUGUGAAGAUAAUUUAUAGCAUUUGCAGCUGGGACGUUUUUUACUGUAAAUACCGUGAGCUUAUGAAAGGAAAUGUUUACCGUCGCCGGAGAGGGGGGGCGAGGCGUCUUCUCUCUCUCUCUUUCUCCUGGUGGAGUUUGUACUUGUGUGAAAGGAAAAAAGACGUGCGUGUUGAGGUGAGAGGAAGAGAUUGUGUGCGAGCUGAGGAGCGAUCGAUCGUAAGCGUGACGAGACAAAAUGUUUUUCUGCCAAAAGCAAACACUGAGAUGUUGUGCGUAUCCCAGAGAGGCCGGACUUCUCUGUGCGCUGGAUCCUGCUCCUGUGUUGGUUCAACCGUCUGACACGAAGAGCUGGUUUCAUUUUCUUUUUUUUUACCUGUCUAUCACGGUGCUGCCCUUCAUGUUACCAACACCAAGCAAAAAAUAGGCAAACUUAAAAAAACACACACAGGGUGAGGCAAUCGGCUAUUUAGACUUUUGUAAUAACAUCACAAUCUUUUUGUAUGGUUUAAAAAUGUUGGAGUCACCAGUUCGCAGAAGACAAGACAAGGCCUCAAACGAGACGCCGAGCACAUCUUCACCUGACAGGCCAGCUUGAUCAACGAAGCACAACAGUGUAUGACUACCAUUGAAGUCAAGUCUUUUUUUAUCCGAAUCCUUGUUACCUGAUUUUUGUACAUCUGUAAGUAAAAAGACGUGUAUGAUAUGUACAUAUAUAAAUAUAUAUAUAGAAGAGUAUAUGAAAG